AUGCUCUCUCUUCUCAGUGUUGCGUCAAUCCUACCAUUCACUCCUUUGGCCUAUGCCCAGAUUGACGACACCCAAGCUAAACCGGUACUUGAUCAAUUCUCUGUUGCUGCACGUUGUCCGCUUUCCUGUGGUCGGGAAGGCAACUGGGCUCUAUACAGCGGCAUUGAUGACCUUGAGAGCUGCAACAAGACCGUUCUUCUUGAACUCAACCUCUAUACUCCAAUAAGUGACGAGAACUCUGCUAUUGGUAUUCGGUCAUGCGCUGUCGAUUCCGGCGCAGCAAAGCUCAAGGCUCGUCAAGAUUUUGUCGUAUCCAACGCCAACAAUACUCCUUCGAUCUUCGACAAGGAACAGCAGACAGGCGACAUUCAGAUCUUGCAACAGACCGGAGUCAGCUCGGAUGCAGGAUCAGUUCAGUCCGCCCUGGUCGCGCUCGCCAACUACCUGCGAAGUGAAAAAGACGGCACUUCCACAGCGUUGUUUGCAAAGACAGGAGAUGUCAUUGUUGGUGUCUAUGGAGGCCUUCAGGUUGAGAAGCAAAGUUUGUCUUCACUGGUGCAAGAUUUGACGAAGCACAUUGACGCUCGCAACCUGGGCCAGGCUACUGCACAGUACUGCAAGGAUGAUUCACUGAACACGCAAAUUUUUGGUGUGUUCUUGGACACAACCGGUGAUCUUGCGGCUGCACAGAAGGCCCUACGAAGCUGGAAUGAAGCUGAGUGUAUUUCUGGAUCUUGGGACAGCGCAUCUAUCUCGAUGAUCCCUGGCUCGGAUAUCCUCGUCGUCCCUGCUACUAGUCGCAAUGAAACUGUCGCGAGGAGAGGCAACAUCAUACAAAGAGCGACUUGCAGCUACACUCAGGCAGUGGCAGGCGAUGGCUGCUGGGCGCUUGCUGAUCGCUGCAAGAUCACACAAGCAAAGCUCGUGGAGUUCAGUGGCAACUCAAAUCUUUGCAACGCUAUACAAGUAAAUCAGUACUACUGCUGCUCGGCUGGCACACUUCCCGACUUCAGUCCUCAGCCAAAUGCAGAUGGUACAUGCAAGACGCACCCUGUUGCCUCAACCGACAUCUGCGACACCAUCUCAAAGAAGUACUCAAUGACUGUCAAACAAUUACAAGACCGCAACAAGAACACUUGGGGUUGGCAGGGUUGUCAGUUUCUGAUGAAAGACCAAUUGCUCUGUAUUUCAACGGGUGCACCACCAAUGCCAGCAGUCGAUCCACUCGCAACGUGCGGACCUACCGUUGCCGGCACCCAAAAGCCGAGUGACAUGUCCAAAAUUAACGAGCUGAACCCAUGCCCUCUUAAAGCUUGCUGCAAUGUUUGGGGCAACUGUGGAAUUUCGAAGGACUUCUGUAUCCUAAACCCAGCGGACACAAAGGCGCCUGGAACGACGCAGCCUGGAGCCAACAGUUGCGUAGCCAGUUGCGGAAUGGAGAUCACCAACAACGGCGCUGCUCCGUCUUCGUUUAUGCGGGUUGGGUACUUUGAAGCAUUCAACCUUGAGAGGCCCUGUCUUCACAUGCUGCCGCGCCAUAUCAACACAAACUACUAUACACAUAUUCACUUCGCCUUUGGCGAUAUAUCCACAAGCUUUGGAGUGCAGCUCGGCAAGCUGCAGCCUAUGUUUGAAGAAUUCAAGAAGCUCACUGGGGUGAAGAAGAUCAUGUCGUUUGGUGGUUGGUCAUUCUCUACCGAAGCUGACACAUAUCCUAUCUUCAGGGAGGGUGUCACAGCAGCGCAACGUGCAACAUUUGCCAACAACGUCGUGCAAUUUGCUGCCGAUAAUAAUUUGGAUGGCCUUGACUUUGACUGGGAAUAUCCAGGUGCUCCAGAUAUCCCUGGCAUCCCUCCGGGCAGCAUUAACGAUGGUCCAAACUAUCUUGAGUUCUUGAAGGCCGUUCGUAGAAGACUGCCACAAGGAAAAACGAUUGGUAUCGCAGCUCCUGCUUCGUUCUGGUACCUCAAGGGAUUCCCCAUUGAAGAGAUGGCUAAGGUUGUGGAUUACAUCAUCUACAUGACGUACGAUCUGCACGGCCAAUGGGACUACGGCAACAAGUGGUCCACAGACGGUUGUGUGAAGGGAGACUGUCUGCGUCACCACACCAACCGAACAGAAACCGAGCUGGCGCUUGUCAUGGCGACAAAGGCCGGUGUGCCAGCAAACAAGAUUAUAGUGGGCAUGCCUCUCUACGGUCGCUCGUUCAAGAUGACUUCGCCCGGAUGUACAGGACCGAUGUGUACUUACGUGGGUAAGGAGUCUGCCGCUGCUCCAGGCCGUUGCACGGGUACUCGGGGCUACAUCUCCAAUUUUGAGAUUCGCGAACUGAUGGCUAGCAAGAACGUCCAGCAAUUGAAGACGGCUGAAGGAGACGAGAUAAUGGUAUAUGAUGGGACUGAGUACGUGGGAUACAUGACCAAGCAGAAGUACAACGAGCGCUCCAGUUGGAUCAAGGGCCUCAAUUUCGGUGGUACGUCAGAUUGGGCGAUAGAUCUCGACGGUGACUACGAUAUUGGCAGUGGGCCUGGCGGAGGUGCCGGGGUCAGUACUGUUUUGUAA